AUGACGUCGCCACAAGGCGCGACCCCCCCGGUGCCUGCCUGGAAGAGAUUGGGCCUUAAGCUCAAGCAUUCUGGCGCCGCAUCCGAAUCUGCCAUUGGUACCCUGGCCGUUGGGCAUCCAAGCAGCAACCAGCGCGAAGCCCAGCCGACCAAGAGGAAAAUUGAGGCCCCGCCGACCACAGCGUCGUCCGUCGCCCUUAAAAGGCCUCGACGGGAAUCGCAGCCUCAGCCGAGCGCCAGCGUCAAUCCAACCUUGAAGAGGAAAAAAUCGGUCACCUUUGAAGACCCGCCAACCAGGAGCCAAGACACGGCCGGGCCCAGGGAAUCGGACAAAUCCGCCAAGCCAGCAAAGAAGAAAGGCCCUGCCAAGAAGCAGAUCCCGCCCGCCCCCUCGGACAUCAAGCCUGCGCUUGACUAUCUCAGGCUGUGGAAGACGUCGCGCGAUAGCUGGAAGUUCAGCAAGAACCUCCAGUCCCUCCUCAUCAAACGGGUAUUCGAGGCCGAUGCCAUCCCCACGUCCGACAUUGAUACUUUCUAUGAAUACAUACGAGACCUGAAAGGAUUUGUGCGCAAGAGGCUUCGAGAGUCGGCCAUGGAAGUACAGACCAAGGACGUUGCCGACGGCUCCCGCGGGUUCCCGUCGGGCACGAAGCACCUCGAGAGCACGCAAGCGACGUACGAAACCAUCCUAUCCGACCUGCUUCGAGCGCAGCAGCUUGGCCAGAAACGCAAGGGCUACGACGAAGUCGAGUUCAUCGCCUCCUCCGACGCGGGGGACGUCAUCAUUCGCCGCGUUGUCAAGCGCAUGCGAGCGGAAGCCAUCAUCGACGAGCUGUCUGAAGGGGAGGAGACGGACAGCAGCAGCACGACACAGUCUUCGGACAAGACCCUCACCACAAGCGACAACAACAUGACCAUGACCACCGACGGGGACAAGCCCCUUCGGUUGAACAACGAGGGGCCAGCCAAACGUCGGCGCAAGCUUCGGGUCAAUGUCAACGACAGCAGCAGCUCCGAGUCGGAUUCCGCCAGCGACUCCGACGUGAGCAGCAGCUCAUCGGAUGAUAGCGAUGACUCUUCCGACGACGACGACGACGACGACGACCAUGAUGAUGAUGAUGACGAUGAUGAUGAUGACGACGAUGAUGACGACGCCGAUGCUGCUGAUGCUGCCGGCGCUCGGGAAGACGACGGGUACGAGUCGUCCAGCAGCUCGUCAUCGUCAUCCUCUUCUUCAGCGGAUGACGGCGACGACGACGACGACUAG